AUGGCCGAUGAUCGUUCUCGUCGCGGUCUAAAUCCAAAUGCUCAAACAUUCGUACCAAAUCCAGCUGCUCGUCCUUUCAUCCCUGGACAACCUUACAUUUUCACAGCUCAACCUCCGCCAAUGUACCAUCAUCCGCCACCAUCUGUCUCCCAAGGAGCUUAUCACCAACAAUAUGACCAAGUAGGGAUAACCAUGGUAGCACAGCAUAUGGUACCACCAUCGACUACUACCCCAGUGUACAAUCAGCCGAUUGAUACAGCUGCUGUACCUUUGAUAGAGAAACCACGUAUACCACCAACACAGCGCUUGUCAACUUUGCAGCAGCAGCAACAGCAAGCUCCUGCUGAUGCUUGGGAUGACGAAGUAGAUGACAAGGAAGAAGUGGUAGGAACAAAGGAAGGAAUGAUAAAGGAAGAAGUGAUGAAAAAUGAUUCUUCACCCGCAGAGAAAGAGCAAGAACCGAUGAAGCCUACAGAUUUGGAAACCAUGAAGCCUGAAAAUAGGGAAGGCAAAGGAAAUAAUGUACUGUCUACAAGAGAAGUGGAUGACGAAAAUCCAGCAUUACCUGUGAAGUUUAAGCAAACUGUUUACAUCGAUGAUAACAGUCGAAAGGAACACGUCAAUAUGGUUUUCAUUGGGCACGUUGAUGCUGGUAAAUCUACGAUUGGUGGACAUCUAAUGUACCUUACAGGAAUGGUGGAUAAACGUACACUGGAAAAAUAUGAGCGAGAGGCGAAGGAUAAGGGAAGAGAGUCAUGUCGAUCCAUCUUUUUUUAUUUUCGGUAUCUGUCGUGGGCAUUAGAUACGAAUGAUGAGGAGCGUGAAAAAGGCAAAACCGUCGAAUGCGGACGCGCAUUUUUUGAAACUGAUAAAAAACAUUUUACAAUUUUGGAUGCACCUGGGCACAAAUCAUUUGUUCCGAAUAUGAUUAGCGGAGCAACACAAGCAGACUUGGCCGUGUUGGUCAUCAGCGCACGAAAAGGCGAAUUUGAGACUGGUUUCGAUCGAGGUGGUCAAACGCGUGAACAUACGAUGUUGGUCAAAACCACUGGUGUGAAGUAUCUUGUUGUGUUGGUCAAUAAAAUGGAUGACCCUACCGUCAAUUGGGACGAGGGAAGGUACAAGGAAAUUCAAAACAAACUUACACCUUAUUUGCGGAAAUGUGGUUUCAAUCCGAAAACGGAUAUUAUAUACAUUCCAGUUUCUGGACUUACCGGAGCAUUUUUGAAGGAGCGGCCAAAUUCUGAAUUCGGUUCGUGGUACACUGGUCCAUGCUUCAUUGAAUAUAUCGACACAAUGUUGCCGUCAAUUAGUCGUGAUUAUGAAGGACCAGUACGUGUUAUCAUUGCCGAUAAGUACAGUGAUAUGGGUACCAUAAUUAUUGGAAAAAUAGAAUCCGGUGUUGUAGUUAAAGGCCAAACGUUAACAGUUAUGCCAAAUAGGACGAACAUUCAAGUAAUUCAAUUGUGGUCAGAUGACGUAGAAGUUGACAAAAUAGUUUCUGGUGAUAACGUAAAGUUGAAGUUGAAAGGGAUCGAAGAUAACGACAUUUUGCCUGGUUUUGUGCUAUGUUCUGCGGAUGCGCUAUGUCAUGUGGGGAGAGUUUUUGAUGCUGAAGUAGUUAUUUUGGAUCAUAAAUCAAUAAUCGCGUCUGGUUAUUCUUGUGUGCUACACAUCCAGUCAGCAACUGAAGAAGUCAUCGUAAAGGCAGUAAUUUGUACAAUUGACAAGAAAACAGGAAAUAAGGUGAGAGCACGAUUUGUGAAGCAAGAUGAAAAGUGUAUAAUGCGGUUGGAAAGUUCGGAAUCAUUUUGUCUUGAAGCAUUCAAAAACUUCCCGCAAAUGGGACGUUUCACACUACGCGAUGAAGGCAAAACAAUAGCUAUUGGCAAGGUGCUCAAGGUUGUGGAAUGA